CCCAUACAGCACUUGCAGCCAAUGAACAAUAACCAACUCGAAAUAUUGUGAGCACUUCAACUCUCAGCGAUGAUCGGUCGGUGUCGCAAGCGCUAAUGCCCUGAUCCACAUUUUGUGAGUCUUCAAAUUCCGUUCGAAACGAUUCAUGCCAUGUCGUGUGUGGGGUUAUGUGUGUGAAAAAAAAUUAAGAUAACAAAAAAAAAAUAAAUAAAGAAAUAAAAAAACAAAAAAAAAAGAAAUAAAUAAAUUCCAUUUAAAAAAGCGUUUUUAAUACUAUUAAUUGUGUGUAAUGCCCAAAAUUUAUCAGGUCAAUGGCGAUGCCGAGGAGCAAAGGCAAACCGAUAAGUCGGCUAACUAUCCACUUUGUUGUUCGGCGCGUCUAACCUAUACAAUAUGUGCCUUUAUUGCCAUGAUUGUGCAGUUGUGCAUGCGAAACAUUUUCGAUUUUAGUAUACUCUGCAUGGUGAAGUCGCAUGGAGAAGAUGCAGUUCUUAACUCUAAUAAUACAUUGCAAUCCCUAUAUACAAGUGAUAGUUCGCAAUCAGAGCAAAAGUUGGGCGACAUUGCUUGGACACGGCAAGAGGAGUUUUCUAUACAAGCCACAUUUUACUACGGCUACGUAAUUACACUUUGUUUUGCCGGUCGAUUGGCUGACAAAUUUGGCGGUAAAUUCUUCUUCAUACACUCCAUUACAGUACAGGCAGCGCUGUUCAUGCUGAUACCAGUUGUCGCUCGCAUUAGUUAUGUCGCUACUUUUACUGUACGCUUAGUUCAAGGAUUAGUGGCGGGUUUCGGAAAUCCAGCACUUUACCAACUUUUUUCCACAUGGGCGCAUCAAAGGGAGCGCACCGCUUUAUUAUCGAUUGCCUAUGGCGGUUACUCGAUCGGCGUUCUCAUAGCUUUUCCAUUGUCUGCGUUACUUUGCCGUUACAAUUGGGAAUUGACUUUUUACAUAGUUGGUUGCGCGUCCAUGGGAUUCGGAAUUAGCUGUCAAUGGUUGGUUUAUAACACAUUGGAGGAGCAUCCCCGGUUAUCAGCGGAAGAACAUGACUAUUUGAGGAAGGCAAACCAGGAGAAAACAAACUCAACCCAUAUUCCCUGCAAGAAAAUUCUAACAUCUGCGCCGGUAUAUGCAUUCAUAUUGACGCACGUUUUCCACAGCUAUGGCAUAAUUGUGCUGACAAUGAUGCUCCCGCGAUUCUUAAAAGAGGCUCUGGGUUUCUCAAUAUCACAAUCGGGCAUUUUCGCUUCAACUCCGUUUUUGGGGGCCAUCAUUGCCAAAAUCAUCACUGUGCCCAUAUGCACAUACGUCGAGAGAAGACCAAACUAUAGGCCAACAUUUUAUGGAAAAAUAUUUUAUGUUUUGUGCAACCUUCUCACCAUUAAAUUCCUUGUCAUCAUUAUGUUAACCAGUGCAGAGCAACACAUCGUUAUUAACUUGAUGAUUCUGUUCGUGGGUGUUUUCUCCGAUAUGGCAUUUUCUGGCGGUUAUUGGCCCAGUUUGUUACACUUAACACCGUCAUACGCAGGUUUGCUUUCGGGAAUUGCGAAUGCGUUUUCAACUUUCAACGGCUUCAUUUCGCCAAUCAUCAUUUCCGCUAUAGCUGUGCAGGGGAACAAGACUGAAUGGAAUUAUGUAAUGCUUACUUUGGCUUCUUCCUACAUUUUAGCUGCAAUCAUAUUCGGAUUAUUGGGCAGCUUUAACUUGCAGCCAUGGAACAAACCUAUUGAAGAAGUCUGAGUUGUUGUUUGUUUUAUAUAAAUUGUUAUAAACUGUAGAAAUGUGUAAAUUUUUAUAAUAUUUAUUAACCCUAAUAUAUAAAUAUUUUAUUAAUAUAAA